CGUCCGAAGGCCCUGGAGACAUCUGGGGGUGCAGAAUUUCGGAAACAGGAAGGAAUUGGGGCGGCCCUGAUGAGACUUGGGGUGCCGCAUCUCGGGAGGCUGAGGGAACUAGGCGUUUGAGGGGCAAAACCUGAGAUGAGAGAUCAGGGCCUGAGGAUCUUCUUAUUGCUAAGGAGGAAGCAUCUUCCAGAUGGGAUCUGGAGAAAAUUGAGGGGGAUUUGACCCUCUGGAGCAUGAAUGCCAAGUUGGUUGGUUCUGGGCUGUAUUAGCAGGCCCCUCAAGGGAAGCACGAUGGCCACUGCAGCAGCAGCAGCUUCUCACCUGAACCUGGACGCCCUCCGGGAAGUGCUGGAAUGCCCCAUCUGCAUGGAGUCCUUCACAGAGGAGCAGCUGCGGCCCAAGCUCCUGCACUGUGGCCACACCAUCUGCCGCCAGUGCCUGGAGAAGCUCCUGGCCAGUAGCAUCAAUGGUGUACGCUGUCCGUUCUGCAGCAAGAUUACCCGCAUAACCAGCCUCACCCAGUUGACAGACAACCUGACAGUGCUGAAGAUCAUCGACACAGCUGGGCUCAGCGAGGCUGUGGGGCUGCUCAUGUGCCGGUCCUGUGGCCGGCGGCUGCCCCGGCAGUUCUGCCGGAGCUGCGGCGUGGUGUUGUGUGAGCCCUGCCGGGAGGCGGACCACCAGCCCCCUGGCCACUGCACGCUUCCUGUCAAAGAAGCAGCUGAGGAGCGGCGUCAGGACUUUGGAGAGAAGCUGGCCCGCUUGCGGGAGCUCAUGGGGGAGCUGCAACGCCGGAAGGUGGCCUUGGAAGGGGUCUCCAAGGACCUUCAAGCACGGUAUAAAGCGGUUCUCCAGGAGUACGGCCAUGAGGAACGCAGGGUCCAGGAGGAGCUGGCUCGCUCCCGGAAGUUCUUCACGGGCUCUUUGGCUGAGGUUGAGAAGGCAAACAGUCAGGUCGUCGAGGAGCAGAGCUACCUGCUUAACAUUGCAGAGGUGCAGGCUGUGUCUCGCUGUGACUACUUCCUGGCCAAGAUCAAGCAGGCAGAUGUAGCGCUCCUGGAAGAGACCGCUGACGAGGAGGAGCCAGAGCUCACGGCCAGCCUGCCCCGGGAGCUAACCCUGCAGGAUGUGGAGCUUCUCAAGGUUGGCCAUGUCGGCCCCCUCCAAAUUGGGCAGGCUGUUAAAAAGCCCCGGACAGUCAACAUGGAAGAUUCCUGGGCCAUGGAGGCGGCAGCUUCUGCCACCUCCACCUCCGUUACAUUUAGAGAGAUGGACAUGAGCCCCGAGGAAGUGGUCGCCAGCCCUAGGGCCUCGCCUGCUAAGCAGCGGGGUUCCGAGACCGCUGCCAAUAUCCAGCAGUGCCUCUUUCUCAAGAAAAUGGGGGCAAAAGGCAGCACGCCAGGCAUGUUCAACCUUCCAGUCAGUCUCUACGUGACGAGUCAAGGCGAAGUGCUGGUUGCUGACCGAGGCAACUACCGUAUUCAAGUCUUCACUCGGAAAGGCUUCUUGAAGGAGAUCCGCCGCAGCCCUAGCGGCAUUGACAGCUUUGUGCUGAGCUUCCUUGGGGCCGAUCUGCCCAAUCUCACUCCCCUCUCAGUGGCCAUGAACUGCCAUGGGCUCAUCGGUGUGACUGACAGCUACGACAACUCCCUCAAGGUAUACACCUUGGACGGUCACUGCGUGGCCUGUCACAGGAGCCAGCUAAGCAAACCCUGGGGCAUCACAGCCCUUCCGUCUGGCCAAUUUGUGGUCACUGAUGUGGAAGGUGGAAAGCUCUGGUGCUUCACUGUUGACCGAGGAGCAGGGGUGGUCAAAUACAGCUGCCUCUGCAGUGCCGUGCGACCCAAGUUUGUCACCUGUGAUGCUGAGGGCACCGUCUACUUCACCCAGGGCUUGGGCCUCAAUCUGGAGAAUCGGCAGAAUGAGCACCACCUGGAGGGUGGCUUCUCCAUUGGCUCUGUGGGCCCCGAUGGGCAGCUGGGUCGCCAGAUUAGCCACUUCUUCUCAGAGAAUGAGGAUUUCCGCUGCAUCGCUGGCAUGUGUGUGGAUGCUCGUGGGGAUCUCAUCGUGGCCGAUAGCAGUCGAAAGGAAAUUCUCCACUUUCCUAAGGGUGGGGGCUACAGUGUCCUUAUUCGAGAGGGGCUCACGUGUCCAGUGGGCAUCGCCCUCACUCCUAAAGGGCAGCUGUUGGUCUUGGACUGUUGGGAUCACUGCAUCAAGAUUUACAGCUACCAUCUGAGAAGAUACUCGACCCCUUAGGGGAUGAGAGAGAACUGUUUCUUCUGCUUCCCAGCCACUUUCCUCUCCCUUCUUCCUUGGUUGUCGGUGGUAUUGUAGAGUGCACUUGGCCUGUGUUUUUAUGCCAGCUGGCUAGUCCUAGAAUUUUAGAAGCUGUAUUUUAGUGGGUUGUUUUUUUUUUUUUUUUUGGUUUUGUUUUGUUUUGUUUCGUUUUUUGCAUUAUUUCCCUCCUAAAUUUAGAGCUUUAACAGAUGUAUUGCCCCAAAUAGGACAUCUGAUAUGGGGUUAGCUGAAGUUUGAUUAGAACUUAGGCACUUCUGAGGCUUCAGUAGAAAGCCUUUUUCCCCCUGUAUUUGAAAUUUGCCCUUGUACUGAAUCCUUGUUGAUUUCCCUCUUUUGGCUUUGAUAACCCUGGUCCCAUAUUUCCCUCUUAUUGUAAUGUGCUUCAUAUGUGACAUUUUCUCUUCACUUCUGCUGCAUUUAGUAUGCAUGUUCCAGUGGGAUCUGCUCCAUCUUUCAUUUCAGACCUCAUGUCCCUGUGGCAUGAUGUCUCAGGUCUCUUCACCUUUACCAGAGUGAAAGCUCAUUCAGUGCCACCAAGGGAAAUAGACAUUCCUUUCGGGAAGCAGUACCUCUUGGUUCUGGGGGUUUUGUGCCAUCUUGGACUGGUCUCUAAUUGCAGAUGUGACAGAGAAUGGAUCGAACCCUAGCUCGUUGGUGUUGGAGACUUCAGCCUGGAAAUCGCUUGCCUUUUAUAGGAUCGUAUAGAUUGGAAUUAUUUCAAAGCACAGAAAGAUGGGAGUAAACAAACACAAAUGCUAACGUAGUCAGUAAACACUUCUGAGUAGUCUCUAGAGCGUGUCAUUUUUCAUAGUACCUCUCUCCACGGACCUAUGCUAAGAGUGGACUGCAGAAGCGUACAGCACACGCUGGGGUUAACAAACGGGGAGGUGGACACAUCUCAUUUUCGUCAGACAAAACUGUUUGGUCUUUAUUCUGUAUUUUCCUCAAGUGACUGCACAAUAUUUGGUUUUGAGAUUUAUUUCCAUUCCUCUAUCAGAAUUAAAUAAUUGAUAACUGUUUCUUCA